UCUUCUGGGAAAACAGCAUCAGCUGGCUGCCCUUAAGGAAAUAGAGGAGGAAAUCAAGUCACCUGAGAAAUGCUUGCAAAAGGACGCUGGGUGAAUUAAACCCUCAGCCUUAAACCAAGCUAGGAGGGGCUGCGCAAAAGGGAGCAGCUCUAGUGGGAGAUUUUUGGGACAGCUGGGGACCCCAGGAGUGAGCACCCAGCUGGGCAGGCUCCAUGCUGCCCCAGCACGUCCCCACGGCCCGUUGUCCCCCUGCUCGCCCCGUGUCUCCUGUCCAAGCGAUGUUCCUUGGAGGGCUGAGUGUGGAAAUGAGUCUCAUGAGGAGGGUGCCCUGGUGGAAGAUGCAAUGGGAAGCGCUGUUGGGUGAGAGGGAAACCAACCUCAGCUCAUGUCUGCGCUGGAUUCCCGUGUCUGCAUCUAGAGGGCAGGGCAGGCUUGGCAGCAUGGAGCCGCCGGAGAACCAGCACAAAGACUUUGUGGCUGUCGUGCUGGAGGGCACAAAGUGCCCCCCGAAGAAGAAGGGCGUCACGGGCCGAAUCAUGGAGCACCUCCAGAGGACCUUGCAGAGGCCCAUCUCCUGGCGGCUGACUUCUCCCGUGGCUCUCCCGCAGUGCUGCACAGGCUCUUGCCCAAACCUGAUGACGAGUAGCAGUGAGGCACGAGGAGAGAAGCCCGGGGAGGAGGUGUCUGCAGCCCCACAGUCUGGCAGGAUGCCCCGGUCACCCCGCUGGUCACUGUCAGCAGGAAGGGAUGGCCCCAAAAGCACAGCAUACCAGGGCUGGCAGAGUGGUCUGGGGGUCCAGGUGGAGGAGGCUGACAACAGAGGACCAGCGCACAGCUUGGGCUCCCCAGUGUUGGUAUCCCUUCCUUGUGCCCUCAGACCUGGUCCCUCUCCUCCUCCUCUCCUGCCUCAUCCAUCACCCUCUCCUUCUGAGGCCAAGCUUGCCAGCUGCUUCCCCCUCUUCUCACUGCUGUCACAGGGCUCCGAGCCUGGCUCCAUCCCUCUGCCCUGCGCUGGCCCCAAGAAACCUCAGAGAGGGAGCUGGAAGAAGAAGAACCUGAAUCCCGAAGAGCACCCUGGCCCCAACCCAGAGGAGCCUGCAUGUUUCCCUUUCGCAGGACCCAUCAUCAGUCGGAUAACUGACUGCAUCUACCUGGGGAACAUCAACGCCGCCUACAGUGGGCGGGCGCUGUGCACGAAUGGCAUCGACAGCAUCAUCGAUGUGAGCUCCCUGCCCAGGGACCGCAGCCUGAGCAAUCCCCUGCACCUGUGGCCGGGCAGGCUUCAGGCACAGCUGGCCACGGCUCAGGGUCGAUAUCAGGGCUUCCCUGCACGGGGGUCAUCACGAAAUAGGGCAGCCCUGCUUCCUGGACAUCAAUGAGUGCAUCGAAGCCUCGAUGGAGAAAGGGAAGCGUGUCCUCAUCCACUGCAGGGAUGGUUACUCUUUAGGUCCUACUUGUGUCAUCCAGUACCUGAUGGUCAAGCACAGCAUGGGACUCCUGGCAGCCUACGGGUUUGUGAGGGCACGGUACCCGUUGAACAUCCAGGAGCACCAUCAGGACCUGCUGGUGGCUUUGGAGAUGUCCCUGCAGCCUGGCACUGCCAGCUUGGUGUGCCUGAAGCACUCCCUGUCAAGGAAGAUGGCAUGGAGCUAAAUGGGACAUGGUGGCUGUGCUGUUUGCCAGCAGCCCUGAAGAAGAAGAGCCAAAAGGAAAAUAACCUGAACCCCAUCUCAUGCGGAAAGAGAAAACUGUAGCUGGGGUGUGUGUAGGACAGUGCUGGCACAGGAUGCAAAGGUGAUGGCUUUGCUUUGCAGCAGCUCCUAGGGUGCUGUGGCAGAAGUAGAGCUUGGGGAGCUCCUGGGGACACGCCAGGGGAGGGGACGUCCUGGGCAGGGUGGGAGCUAUGUGCCUUGGUCUGAUGUGAUCUGGGGAAAAGGCAGUCAGCCACCCCAUUCCUCAGUCAUCCUGCUGAGCUUUUACCGUGAGCACUACUGCUGUUGGGCUGCUUGUGGUUUUUUUCUUUUUUCUUUUUUUUUUCCUGACAAUAUCAUCCUUGGAAACAAGGCUUAAUGUCACCUGGUGUCGUGCCGGAGAAGUCACCGCAUGGCCCCUGCCCACUUGAUGCUACCAGGGUGCUGAAGAGGAGACAACCCAGCUCCUUGGGCCUGGGGACUUCUUGAACCCAUCACCCCCUGGUUUCAAUCUCUCCUUCAAGAGCUGUCUGUUAAGCCAGCAGGGGCCCGAACGGGUGUAGUUCCAUGGGGAGCUGAAGAAAAUGGCUGCAGACACUUUGGAAAGAGUAAUAAAGAGUUGGUUUAACUUU